AUCUUCUGUCUGGUAAAUGGCGGACAGAACACGAGAUAGUAUAAGUUUGUCUGGGUACAGUGGUGCAGCCAUAGAUUUCAGUUCUGAAAGUGAAAUGUUAGAAGGGAGGUACAAACCUGCAGUAGAUAUGAAUAAACACUUUGAUCCAUCAGAACGUUUAUCUGAACAGUAUAUUCCCCGAGCACCUUCUCAUGAUGAACCUCCCUCGUACACUACUGCAGCAAACGUACGAGUGAGAGGACACAGAAGAACAUCAACUAUUCAUGAGAUUCCAGAUUCUCCCAGCAAAGAGUAUGAAAGGAAGGAAUGGGGGAGUAAAGCUGAAUUUCUUCUCUCAUGUUUAUCCUAUUCUGUUGGAAUAGGUUCUAUUUGGAGAUUUCCUUUCUUGGCUCACCAGCAUGGAGGAGGGGCAUUCCUAAUACCCUACAGUAUCCUACUUAUUCUAGUGGGUACACCAAUGUACUAUAUGGAAACAGCAAUGGGUCAGUUCUCUCGUCUCAGCUGUUUGCAGGUAUGGAGAAGUACACCUCUAUGUACAGGGGUAGGGGUGGGUAUGCUUGUACUAAGUCUGAUUAAAGUUAUUCAUACAACAACACUCAUGGCGUACAGUAUUGUAUAUUUUGUGUCGAGCAUUCAAGGAGCUGGGGAUGAGGUUCCCUGGGUUUAUUGUGGGUCCUGGUGGGGUAGUUCAGAAAACUGUAUUGCAUUGAACUCGAGUCUUACCCCUGACCAAACCCUAGCUCGUACAGACAAUAAAUGCAUAUUUUCAAUGGAAACCGACUGCAGUAAUCUGAAAACUAGCGUAGAGGAAUACUGGCUAGAGUAUGUACUUGGUAUAGGUCGUGGCCUUCAUGAGUUUGGAGAUGUUGGUAACUGGAGAUAUCAUCUUCCCCUCUCUCUCCUCCUAGCCUGGAUAUUCAUUUUCAUUUGUAUAAUUAAAGGGACCGCUAGCAGUGGUAAGGCUGUUUAUGUGACCGGACUGCUACCGUAUGCUGCGUUAAUAUCUCUACUGGCCAGAUCUUUGACUCUACCUGGAGGAUUCCAGGGGAUACAGCUCUUCUUUAAACCAGACUGGGAGCAGCUUAAGAAUCCUAUGGUAUGGAAGAUAGCUGCAGAAGAGCAGUUCUAUAGUCUAGGGAUCACCUAUGGAGUUCUCUUCAUGCUUGGAUCACACAACAAGUUUAAGAAUAAAGUUCACAUUGAUUCAAGUAUCCUUCCUACUCUGCACUUUUCCACUUAUAUACUCACAAGAGAUUGUAUAGAUACAAAACACGUGCUGAGGGAAGCAGCAGAUUACAAGUUUGAUCCUGCUCUGGCUUUCAUCAUUUAUCCACAGUCAGCUGUAUCAGCUGUUUAUGAUGGAAUACCGAUUCUCAGUUUACAUAAGGUUUUCAUCAAGAGGUUCUUUUAG